AACAGUACAGAGGGCCAGUCAGGGAAAGGAGAGAAGAAGAAAAACAGGAGACAAAAAGAGGAAAACGGUUAAAGGGAAGAAAGAGGUAAAGAACCAAAAGAAUAAGUCACUGUGCUUGAGGAAGGAAGACAGGAGGAAGCAUGGGGUCAGAGAAGAGCCCAGCGGGGUCUGGUGGAGGGCAAAAUAAGGCCAAACCAGAUCGAAGAGUCUCAGGCGCCGAGGGAAGCCACACAUGCUGCGGCUGCCGCUUCCCACUGCUCAUCGCCCUGCUGCAGCUGCUACUGGGCAUCGCCAUCACAGUCGUGGCCUUCCUCAUGACCACCAUCAGCCCCUCUCUGCUGGCCAGGGAGACCCCACAUUGGGCUGGAAUUAUUUUGUGCAUUGUAUCUGUCCUGGGCUUUGUGCUCUAUUUCAUCACUUAUCUGCCUGAUGAGAGGACCUACACACAGUUCAUCAUAAAGCUUAUGUACUUCAUCCUGUGUUCAGUGGGGCUAGUCAUCUCCAUUAUAGUAAUUGCCUUCCAAGGCCACCACUACUCUUUGACCAAUGGCUUCAUAUGCAGGGAGACAAACCAAGACUGUAUCUGCACACUGGAGCCAGAGGACCCCAUCGCACGCACCUUCACCUACGCCGAGGUGACAGACUGCACUGCUGUCACAAGCACUCUCAUGAAGUACUACCUGCUGCAGAUGGUGUUGAAUCUGGCUCAGGCUAUCGUCUGCUUGCUAGGAGCUUUCAUCAUGUGGAAGCACCGCUAUCAGGUGUUCUUUGUGGGCUUGCAGAUGGGUUCACCCACCACUCAGCAAUGGCAGAAGGUUUAAGAGUAGGGCAAGGGACAAAGGCACUGGGAGAACGGACAAAAUGUUCUUCUGGGAGCAAAACAUGCUUCAGUUGAGUGUUUUUGUGUGUUGAGAGAAAGUCCAGAAUUUCCCACAGCAUGUCUAUUUGGUGUGGGUACAGCUGAAGAUAUAUUUUGCAUGGCGUGGCAGUAUCAUACUGUACUGCGGUUGCAAAUUACAGUUUCCUGUCCUUUUUUAGGGCUUCUGUAUUUUUCUGUAAUGGCGUCUGGACAUUUCCACUAAUAUAAAUGUAUACUUGCUCUUGCCAUGCCAAGAAGGAUAUUUUUAUCUAACAGGCUGUAUGUGUGAUCCAACAGGACAGCUGUCAUUCUGAGAGAGCUACAUAUUCACUCUGUUUGCAUAGGAUUUGCAUAUCAGACCGAUGGCCUGAAUAGGUAGCAAUUAUAUGACAAUCCCUAUUGUUACCUUCUCAACAAAAAAGUAUUGAUAAAAGUUUUAAGUCUGCAUACGUCAUUUUUAAUCCGCUUUUUUUCCUUCAGGCGGUGGUGCUCAGAAAGUUGUCCUCCAUUUCAGUUUGUUCUAGUCACUAUUGUUAUAGUUAAUAUUUAUUUAUUAACUUAAGUAAAAGGGCCACUUGAAUUAAAAUGGUUACUUGAAACACACUAACGUGUGUCAGGUUUUUCUUUUGAGAAGUUGUCAAUUUCUUAAUCCAAAAUUAAUCCAUAGAUCAUGCCAUCUUAAAUCUAACUGCAGUUUUAAUGGAGUUUUACAGCAACAUGUUUCAAUAUUGCAAUAUUAAUUCUGUAUUUUUGUUGACUAUGUCUUGAUAUUGCAGUGUAUAUGAUUUUCUUUGCUUUUUGUAAUCGGAAGCUGCCCUUUAUAUUUUUUUAUAUGUCACGUUUCAAUGAAUAUUACAUUGUUUUACUGACAGCUGCACACUUUUUUGUAUUAUUUUGGUUUGUUUACAAGCAUCAUUUAAUCUCUUACAUUGUUUAACAGUCAAAAGCAAACUGCCCUUAAUCUGCUUUAGUUACAUUCAUUGCUUAAACUUGCUUAUUGCCAUUAAUAAAUAUAAGAUCACUAACAGAAAUAGUCCUGCACACAGACUGGCAGUUGUAAAUCAUGUCCAGUAAAAGGACAGGCUUGUGGUCUAAAGUCUUUGCUUACACAGUGGAUAAACAACACUACUGUCAGCAGCAGAGACAUAGGGUCAGAAGGGGGGGUCAGAGGGGGUACUCAGACACACAACAGGUCACUGUCUGAUCACUGCUUUUACACCAAUUUUCUUGUUACAUAAAUGACAAAUACAGAACUGACCAGGUUUAACAACCUAUCAUGUAACAAACAUCUGAAGACCAUUCAUGAUUUGUACCAGUGCAGGAGUUUAACAGGGUGUGUACCAAAGUGUCUUUUUGCAGACAGUGUAUGGUUUUUGAAGUUUGACACUUGUAGAGAGAGGAGUAUUUAGAGCGUGUGCUAUAUGCUUGAGAUAAAAAAAAAAAAAACAAGCUCCGAAUUCAUGUCUGUGACUCAUCAUCCUUUAAUAAUAACCAUCUCUAUUUCUCUGAAUGUUCACAGGACAAAAAUAGGGCAAUAUGUAUAGGUUUCAGUUAUGCCCUAAGGUAUAAUAACAUAUCAAGCCAAUAUAAUGACUGAGGCAUAAUAGUCCCCUUUAUUGGCACAAUUGCACUCAGUGUACAGCAUCAGAGUCAUAAAGCCAAUACAUAUUGUGAAAAUUGUGCACACUCAGCUAUAAUAUUAAAACAAAAGCUGUUUAAAUGUGAGAUGAAACAGCAGCUGAUGAAGCUGUAAUGCGUUCUCCAGCAUGGGAAACUCAGCAGGCCAUCCUUUUGAGAAGCAGAGUAAAAAAAAAAAAAAAAAAGGAGUGGCUCAUGUCCGUUUUUUUUUUUGUUUUUUUUUAUAUCUUACAAUGUUUUUAGGGAAGAGAGCCUCGGGGUUGUUCCUACACCACUGCUCAUGUGACUACCUCACUGCUGCAUGUCUGUCUCGUGUGACACCUCACGUCACAUGCGCUUAUCACAUGCAGGAAGGCAGAUUUUAGAUUAACCCCUGUUUAUAUUGUCUAUUUAUCACUGUGGCACAUUUCAUAAUGUUUUGAAUGAUGGUUGUAUUUUUGUUUUUAUGAAAUGUCUGGCACAUAUCACUGUGCAAAAGUUCCUCAAGACAUCAAGUUAUCACUUUCAGUGCCUUUGCCUUUAUGUAUCUGCUAUUUAAAGAUAACCUAUUCAAGUGUAUACGAUACAUAAACACGUACAAGAUUCUUAACAUUUUUGACAAUUUAUGUGUAUGUGUAUUUAUAGGACUUAGAAUGUGUGCGAUUUUACACAAUACAGUUACAUGACAUUUA